AUGGCGGACAAGUAUAUCCUCAGGGUUACAGCAGGCCCAUCAUACGACCUGGCGAGCCAUACAGAGGUCCCGGUGAACAGCCCCACGCCAGUCAAGAUCUCGACGGAGCACAUCGAUGUGGAACUCAACAUCAGAAUACAGAAUUACCAUGGCUUGCCGCGCAACUCGCCGAUGACUUCACCUUACUUUGACCAGGAGCCACACGGAAGGAACAAGGACCAGUAUAGUAUAUCUUUCCAAUUCACCCCCAAGGCCCCACAUUCUGCUCAAGCCAAGAGGAAGGCCGACAUCGACCCGGACGACCAGGAGGCAGAGGGUAUAUCUGGCUUAGACCUUCAAUUCGGUAACGAUUUUGACCACCCCAUACGAGAACGUCUGCCACCGGGCUUCAGCUAUGCCAUGAAGAUCGUGAAAUGGUGGAUCGACCCGGGUCUGGACGGUGACCCCUAUGCUGACAGGCCAUAUCUGUACGGGCCUGCAUUAUCCUCCUUCAACCAUAUCCACGUUGGGCCGGCUGUCAUGGAUGAGUCUAAAGGUGGGCUAUGGGUCGAGGAGGGCGGUGACUCGGAGUGGCGAGAAGACGUAGGCGCUCCUGAGGAUGCCAAGGCAAGAAUGAAGUGGGCCCUGCAGGAGGAAAGCAAGAAGGACUGGGUCUGGGAAUACGGGAGGACAUAUUCGGUCGACUUUUUCAACGCCUACCUAGACUUCAGCGAGUUCACACUGAGACUACCUGGAUACGCCGUCCCCAUCAUGAAGUACUGGGACGGUCAGGGCUUGAGAUAUGUCCUCCGAAACAGGAGCACCGGUCAGGUCUUUCUCACUAUACUGUUCACUCUCUAUCUCAAGGACGAUGUCAACGAGGACGGCACUCUGAAGCCCGAAGCUAGCCUCGCGUACACUUCACACACGGCGGAGGACCUAGAUGCAAUCGCUCACAAGGCAGACGCCAACGAGCCUGAUCUCGACGGCGAGGCUGCACUAGAUCAGGCUAGAAGACACCUCAGUGAUGUCCAACUACCUGAGCAAAAGCCUGUGUCAACUGAUGACAGGGAUACCGUCGACUAG